UUUAAAAAGCCAGACAUCAUUGCAGUCUCUCCUGUUUUUGAUUUGUUCCCAGGUUGUUAGUGAGUACUUUCCUUCAGAACAGGCCACAGACUUUAUUAAGGCCACAUUGGGUGGUAUGUUGUCUGCCAGCCCCACCUGUGCCACGGCAGCUGGACUGUGGAUGAAGAUCAUCCUGAAGGAGUGUGGAGAUGCCAUGCUGGACAAGGUGCCAGAUAUCCUGGUUAUAAUAUAUAGCCACAUGCCUACUAUCCAGGAGGGCAGCUUGAGGCAGUUCCUGGUGGAGGCGGUGUCCAUUUUAGCUCACCGUGACCUAGAGACAGUGAUCUCCAGCCUCCUCGGCGAACCUCUGCCGAUGAACAGGUAUAUACCGCUACCUAUUGCGUUCAUCUUGGUGAAACAUGGAUCCCACAGCUUUACUGGGAGAUGUAGGGCUUUAUUUAAGCAGCAGACAGUUUGGGAUAAUUCCUAAAGGUUAAUAGCCUGGGUCUUUCUGCAGGAAGGUCCAAGAGCAUGUUAAGGUGGGGUGCGGAGAGAAAUUAAGUGUCAUUCUGUUUCCAUUAAUUAAUAGCUGCUUUGAUAU